AGUUAUAUUUCCGUGCUCACGUUUUUUUCAGGUACAUCAAAUGUUUUAUGAAUUUUGCUUGAAAAGUACAACGUUGUUCCACUAUAUUUCGUGAAAGAAAGCAGACUUGUCGGUAAAGAUGUCUCGUGUCACAAAAAUAAAGCAUAUUCUAAAAGAACAGGAAGCAGAUGAAUUUGAUGUGCCCAAAGAAAACCAGUCUAUAGUCCGUGUGGUAGCUAGCCGAGGAAACAAUCUACACGAGGUGGAAACCGCCACUGAAGGUGAGCCACGCUUUUUAGUUUCGAUGCCGGUUAAGUUCCGUAAGAACGUAUGGAUAAAGCGAGGAGAUUUUGUGCUGGUGGAACCGAUAGAAGAAGGUAACAAGGUAAAGGCCGAGAUAUGUCGAAUUCUGACGGCGGAACACAUAAAAAUAUUCGAGAAAGAAAACGUUUGGCCUAAAAGGUUUACCAAGAAACGGGAGCUCGAAGACGAUCUGGAUGAUGAGGGUCUAGUUCGAAACACGAACCGAAGGUUUGCAGAAGAAAGUGACGACAGCGAGGAAGAAGAGUCUAGCGAUGAUGAGGAUUGAGUGACUUUUUAUUUAGCGAGGCAUUAUGGUUUCUGUAUUUAAAAGAAACAUGACAUUGUAAUGCAAUGUAUGAAAUAUAUUUCUUGUACAGAUAUUCAGAACGAAUAUGUCGUCAGUGUUAUAUACACAAAACAUGCAGACACUUGCAAGAAUAAAUACGAUUUAAAAAGAUGUAAUUCUUAGGUUUGGCUUAUGUUUUAUUUGUUUCGCUGUAAAAUGUAUGUAGGUAUUAUGUCAAAAAGGUACAAAGCAGAACCGUUAAAGUUGCUUGCUUUAUACUUAGUGCACUUAUUCGCUCUCAUAUUCUGUACUAUAUGCUAUUGAAUGUUGUUGAGAUCUUCAUCAGUUAUUUCAUAGUUUAUAGAUUAUAUUACUAAAACCACUAUAUCUAUUUAAAUUCUAAGUAAAAGGGAAAAAGAGAGCAUUUCUUGAGGACAACAUACAUGCAAGCUAUUCGGGAAUGUGAAAUUUUAUCUAUGGAGGAGUAUAUAUUUCCCUGGUGUUGCUAUACUACAGUUAAAAUGACUAUACUGCUUUCAUAUUUACUGACUUCUCAUAUUGUUGCCUUUAGCAAAUUCAAAGUAAAAGUUUCUAAUAAGAAAACUGUUUACAGGUUUUUAAAAUUGGCUCACUACUGAAUUCUGGAAUCUAGACAAUCUUGCGUCUAUGGUUAGGCACCAUUCGUAGAAUUAGAUCAAAACUAAAACCAUGUUUGAUAGUUGCUAGUUUAUGACGUUAAAACCUUGUGAAACUUUUUAGAUUUGUAAAAGUUACAAACAAUAAGAUUUAGACAGUAAGCUGCAAACUGAAUAUCAGUGCGCGUAACAGUUAUGCUUAAAAUUAUAUAACAAAAACAGAACUUUAAUCUGAGUUUUGAACUUAUAAACACUUUCUCAAAUAA